AUGGUACGUCUCUCUCUCUCUCUCUCUCUCUCUAACUGUGGCAUUACGGCAGUCUAAUCUCUCUCAUGUUGUUCUUCUUUCUUUCCCACACAGUCGCUCUCGCCGCUGCUGGUAAGGUCGUCGGUGAGGUUGAUGGUGCUGCUGCUUCGCCAGCCGGCCACAACGGUCACCACCCUCCUCUUCUUCGCCGGCCUCCUCCCCAGGAGCCGGGCCCUCGAGCGCCUCGUCCAUCACGAUCUACUCCUCCCCCGCAGCGACGCCUACCUCCUCCGCCUCAUCGUCGCCAUCUUACGCUCCUUCUAG